CCGAUCACAACACAACAUGGUCUGCAAGGUUGUUAUCUUUUCCUGCCUGUUGGGAUUGGCUCAUGGAAGCGUCGCCCCAGCUGCGUUCGCCGCUGCACCAGUGGCCUACACUGCUCCAGUGGCUGCGGCAAGACUGGAGGAAUUCGAUUCUUUCCCUCAAUACCGUUUCGGAUACAACGUUGCUGACUCUCUCACUGGUGAUUACAAAAGCCAGCAGGAACAACGGGAUGGUGAUCUUGUGCAGGGAUCGUACUCCGUUGUUGAGCCUGACGGCACCCGCCGUGUUGUGGACUACGCUGCUGAUUCCGUCAAUGGAUUUAACGCCGUCGUGAGAAGGGAGCCUUUAGUUGCUGCCGCACCCGCUGUGGUCGCUGAACCAGCCGUUGCUGUUGCCGAGCCUGUUGUUGCUGCUAAAGUGGCACCUUAUGUCGCUCAGCCUGCAGUUGUUGCCGCCCGCUAUGCCGUAGCUCCAGCCGUGCCGGCCACUUAUUACAGCAAUGCGGCCGUCGCUGCAGCUAGAUACGCAGCAGCUCCUGUAGCCGCUCCCGUAGUGGCUAGAUACGCCACAGCACCCGUAGCAGUCGCCGCUCCAGUGGCGGCAAGAUACGUAGCUGCACCCGUAGCUGCCCAGGUCGCAGCCCCAGUAGUGGCUAGAUACGCUGCGGCUCCGGCUGCUCCCAUCAUUGCCAACUACCCUGCAGUGGCUUACUCUUCUCCGGUUUAUUCCUCCGGCUAUGCACCCGUAGCUGCUGCGUACACCUUGCCAGCCGCGUACACUCAAGUAGCCCAGGCCACCUCCAACUUGCCUGCAGCUCCAGUUCGCCUCACUGCUGCCCAGGAGCAGGCGACGAACUCAGCGGCUGCUCCGGCUAAGCUCGUCCAGAACGAGGCUGCUGGAUACAGAUACCCUUGA